AUGGCAGAGUUCUGGCUGAUUGCAGUUCCAACGGACAAAAUCAGUUCACAGUCUCUGGAAAAGCUUAAAAGGGCCACGAACAAAGCCAGCCUGGGAAACUACUUCAGAUUUCACAUCCCAGAGCUGAAGGUAGGUUCACUGGAUGUGUUGCUUAGUGUGUCUGAUGACCUCUCCAGACUGGACUCCUACACAGAAGGUGUGCUCCGAAAAACGACUCAGUGUAUGGCAGAUCUCAUGGAACAAUCCGAAUCCAGUGACAAGCUCAUGGAGAAUGCGCUGGCUAAUGGAGAUUUCUCACCAGAGCCAAAGGCAUUUCAGAAAGUUUCACAGUCACCAAAGAAAAUGUUUUUUCAAGCCUUGAGAGUGAAUAUGACUACAUACACAACAAAGUUCCAGUGGGACAGAGCCAAAUAUGCCACCGCCCUCCCGCUGAAAACACUCUAUGACCUUAUCUUCAAGCAAGUGGCCCAGGUCGAGACGGAGAUGAAGUCUCGUAAUGCUGCGUUCAAUGAGGUGAAACUCAAACUGCAAUCCCUUGACAAAAAAGCAGAGGAAAGUCUGCACACUAGACCGUUGACUGGCAUUGUGAAAAAGGAGGACUUGGUUCUCAACUCUGAGUAUCUCACCACUUUACUGGUUGUGGUGCCUAGGCUGUGCAUUCGGCAGUGGGAAAACACCUACGAAUCUAUGUCAAAAUUUGUGGUUCCUCGCUCUAGCAGGAAGCUGUUGGAGGAAGAGGAUGCUGGUAUUUUUACAGUGACACUAUUCAAGAACACCGUCAACGAAUUCAAAGCCAAUGCUAAAAAGCACAAAUUCGUUGUGCGAGAAUUCAACAUAGAAGAAGCAGAGAAGCAACAACAGGAGAUCCGACGCCUCAAAAUUGAUAAGAAAGACCAGUAUGGAGUCUUUGUGCGCUGGCUGAAGGUGAAUAUUAAUGAAGUAUUUGUGGCCUGGAUCCACAUUAAGGCUAUCAGAGUGUUCGUUGAGUCAGUCCUCAGGUAUGGCCUGCCGGUUAGUUUCCAGACUCUCCUGCUCCAGCCACAGAAGAAGCAUGUAAAACGGUUACGAGAGGAGCUCAAUUCUGUAUUCAAACACCUGGACCCAAUGGCUAUGACAGGAAAAUCGGAAUUGGGACUUGACUUUGCAGAGGUUAACAUAGGACAACAGGAAUACUAUUCCUACAUCUAUUACCCAAUCAGCAUUAACAUAGUGGAAUCCAGCUAGCAGACAAAGACUAAACCAAAACAGACUCAUACAUCAUGCCUAUGUGGCAAAACCUACUCAGUGGGUGUUAUCGGGUUUUUCACUGGAGGACUUCACAGGGUUAACAUAAUGGGAAAAAAAAUUAAAACAGCUACGUAAAACACAAAAGGAAUGAUUUCUUUACAGGCUUGAAUGAACACUCACCUGCUGUGUAGUCAUUUUUAAAAGAAGCUCAAUUGAUGAUCCGAAUUUUUACUUGCUCGGAAAAGUGAAAAUGAGAACUUUUAAUCUAUUCUGUGAGUAGCUGGGGUACAUUUUGUAUUCUGCUUAUUGUUUAAUUGUGUAAAUAAGUGUAAAUAACCUCAAAAGGCGCUAUGCAAUGUUUAAAAAGAAAUUGUACACUAGUAUAUUUUAUUUAUCUGGUAAAGAUAGGUGAAGUCUAAACACAAGUGGUUAUACUAUGUUAAUGCCAUCUGUAAUCCUUUUUUCAAAAUCACUACCAGUCCGAGGCCACACCUAUCAUGACUAUUCAAUGAGCCUAAUUACUUCAAAGCCUUUCCUUCUGUUCUGUAAUACAUUUUGCUUUCUUUUUCACAGGACAGGAAAGCUAGUCUAAGAAGGGCAGCUAUUGAGCCUCAGGGUUAUCACUAAUCAUAAGAGGUUCUAAGGCAGGAAGAUAAAAACUACCUAA